AUGACUGCAACCUGCUAGUAAACCGGAACAGGAAAAAGAAGACGACCGAAACAUUAGAUACUUGGGAACACGCCGACACAACAUAGCCGUGAGGGCUUUUAAAUGUGUAAUUCCUCAAUGUCUACCGUUAUUCGUCUGACUUACGAAAAACUACACGUUACUUAUUAUUAAUUUCAGCAUAAUCUCGAUUUGUCUCGAUGAAUUUUGAAGCUUCUCGGGCUAGCUUAGCUUGCUACUUAGCUUAGCUCGUUAGCCGCUAACAAAGAGGCGAGGAAGGGGUUCAAACACGUCGCCGGCAGACAUCAAAUGUGAGUGCAAAGUGUUGCGAUUGUGUGAAAAUGUGCGAAGUAACGACGGCCGAGUAUAAGGAGGAGCUUUCUUCAAAAGAGGAGACCGAGCGACAACAUCAACUACUGGACGCUGUUUUCAAGAAACAGGAAGUUGUGUUACACGGAACAGGUUUCGGUGAGAAAAUUGUGGUAAAAAGUCGCCUCUUACCGGAGAUCUGCGGAGCUUGCUGCGUCCAUGAAGCUGCUGUGACUUCCCUCAGACACUGGCGUCAACACACCCGUGGACACACCCCUCCGACUAUCAGACACAGAGCAGCAAGAAGACCGUCCUUCUGCGCCACGGGGGGAAAUCUCCACUUUGAAGCAGGAGUAUCCACAGCCCUCCAACAUUAAAGAGGAAGAGGAGGAACGCUGGAUCAGUCAGUCAGGAGAAGAGCGUCUUCUCGGGCCGCAGAAGCCUGAGCUCACCAAGUUGCCUCUGACUGGUGUCUCUGUGAAGACUGACUUAUCUAAUAGUGACGACAUAAUGUCACAAUCCGAGAAUGAAGACGAGAACGACGCCAAAGAACCUUUGAGCAGCGAUACAGACUGUGAGGGUCAUAUAAGGACUCACACUGAUAACAAACACCCAGAAUGCUCUGAAAAGAAGACAAGGAAAACAGGUUUUACCUGCUCGUUUUGUGCCAAAAUGUUUUGUAAAAAAUCGAAUUACGCUCGACACAUAAGAACGCACACACAAGAAAAACCUUUCAAGUGCUCAGUUUGCUGCAGUAGUUUUUCUCAGAAAGUCACUUUGACUAUACACAUGAGAACGCACACAGGAGAGAAACCUUUUUGUUGUUCAGCUUGUGGCGAUACAUUUUCUCGGAAGGACUGCCUAAAAUUACACAUGAGGACGCACACAGGAGAAAAACCUUUCAGUUGCUUAGUUUGCUCCAAAAAAUUUUCCUUCAAGGACACGUUGACCGGUCACAUGAGAACGCACACGGGAGAAAAACCCUUCAGUUGCUCAGUUUGCUGCGAUACAUUUACAUGCAAGAGCACGCUGACUAAACAUAUGAGGACACACACAGGAGAGAAACCUUAUAUUUGCUCGGUUUGUGGCGAUACUUUUUCUCGAGGGGACAGACUGAAAUUGCACAUGAGGAAACACACAGGAGAGAAACCGUAUAUUUGUUCUGUUUGCGAUAAAGCUUAUUCUAAAAAGCAAAGUUUGACAGGACACAUGUUGGCACACAACAGAGAAUAAAUGUUUUCCUGUCCAGUUUGUGCUGUGAGAUUGUAAAGUAGAAUUUAAAUGUCUCAUGUGGAAAGUUUUAGUUUAUUUCUGACAUGUAAACAACACUUGGAUAGUAAUGAUCUGUUGUGUGUAUGAUACCAGAUUCCCUCAUGAGUUCCAGGUUAGAGUGCCACUAAGAACAGCAGCUACAUUAUUUAAAAUCAACUCUGAAACAGGUAAGAAAUGUUGACUAACAAGCUAAGACAGUUUGUCUGAGGACAACAUGUAUUGAGUUUUCCCCCACAUCAAAAGUGUGUUUGGUAUAUUUUCUUAAUGAAGGCACCGACAUUUCAUUCUUUAUUUGAAGAGCAUUUAUCAUGUUAGCUGGCUCACUCCUUCCUUUUUUGUCAUCUGGAAGACUUAUUUCUGCCUGCCACUGAUGUUAGUUGAUACAAUAAACAUUCAGCAACAUA